CACAGGGAAAUACGGGCGAGAUGAUGAUACCGUGUCUGGUUUUCUCGGAGGGAGGGUUGGAGCUAGAAGAAGGGAGUGAGGAAUGGAGGGCUAUGAGCAGGAGAGUAAGAGAGGCGUGUGAGACUCAUGGCUGCUUCUUGCUUCUGCAUAACAGAGGCAGUCUGAUUAGGUUACAAGAAGAAAUGUUGACAGCCAUGAAAGCUUUGUUUGAUCUUCCUGAAGAGACCAAGAUGAAGCACACUAGCCCUAAGCCUUACCGGAGCUACCAUGCCAACUGCCCCGUCAUUCCUCUCUGUCAAAGCUUCGGCGUCGACGACGCUCCUCUCCCUCACAUUGCUCAAGCCUUCACUCGCCUCAUGUGGCCUCACGGAGACCCCACUUUCUGCGAGACGUUGAAGUCGAUGAGCGAGGAGAUGCUGGAACUGAACUAUGUGCUGUUGAAGAUGAUAGUGGAGGGUCUGGGCCUUCCGAAACACUACAUCUCAGACGCCGAGAAGAUGAAGAGCACAAGUAAUUUCAGGAUGAUAAAGUACAGAGCUCCUUCUUCUUCAGGCGUCCAACACCUGGAGACGGGUCUCGUCCCCCACACCGACAAAUGCGCCAUAACCACUCUGUGUCAGAACGAUGUCCAGGGACUCCAGGUCCUCACCAAACAAGGCCACUGGAUCGAUGUGAACGUGCCCCACCAUGGCCUCGUCGUCGUCGUCGGCGAUAUCCUUAAGGCCUGGAGCAAUGGGAGGCUUCAUGCGGUGACGCACAGAGUGAUGAUGGGCGGCAAUAAAGAGAGGUAUUCGUUCGCGCAAUUUGCACUGCCAAAGGAAGAAGAUGAGAUUGAGGUGCCUCCUGAGUUGGUUGAUUCUGAUCAUCCUCUUCUUUAUCGACCUUUUAAUUAUGGAAAAUACUUCGAUUAUUAUACUUCAUCUCUCAAAGAAAACGCACUCGAAGUAUUUGCAGGCGUAUGAUAUAUCAGUUUUUGUGUGUAUGUGUAUAUAUAGUUGUGGGUGAACAAGUUAUGAUAGGGUAGGCUUCUCUGCAGCUGCUGUAUGAAUUGCCAAAUUACUUUGGACUAACUUUAUCUUUCAGAAUCAACAAAGAUUU